AUGUUCAAAUGGCUUCUUCUUUUUACUCUCAUAACAAAAACGAACGGAGAAAAGUCUCCGAAUAUAUUGUUGUUGUUGGCCGAUGAUCUUGGAUAUGCAGAUGUGGACUGGCAUGAUCCAAAGUAAGGAUAACGUAAAGUCCAAAGCCUUUUAGACUCUCAACUCCUAAUUUGCGGAAGCUGGCAUUUAGUGACCACACAGUUUACCUGACCAAUUCUUAUGUAAAUCAGCUUUGUACACCGUAAGAAAACAUUAAUGUCUAUAUAAAUGUAGAACCCGCUCUUCUCUUAUGACGGGAUAUUACCCGUUCCGAACUGGAACUCAGGAUGGAGUUUUCUUACACAUGGAGCCCGCUGGAGUACCUUUGGACUUCCCAUUUCUACCACAAAAUAUGAGGAAGCUUGGGUAUAAAAACUAUUUGGUUGGAAAAUGGCAUUUAGGUUAUUGUAAAAGGGAGUUUCUUCCAACGAAUAGAGGAUUCGACUACUUUUAUGGGUAAUGAAAAGAUUAAACUUACGCAAAUUAUCUUAUUAGGUAUUAUGGACCUCAACAAGGAUACUUCAAUCACAGUGCAGAUAUGUUUGACAGAAACAGCAAACGGGUAGUCCGAGGAUUGGACUUCUUCGAGGAAAUCAACGGAGCUUCUGUGCCUAUUACCGACAAAACCGGCGUAUAUUCUACCGUAAUAGAAUAUACAAAACUUACAAAAUUGAGUAUAUUUUAGGAUUUAUUUACUGACAAAACCAUGCGAAUUCUCGAUCAACAUCCAAAUUCGCUUCCCUUCUUCAUGUUCUUAUCGUUCCAAGCGGUUCAUGCCCCUUUACAAGCUCCUAUUUACUACAAAAAAAGAUGUUCUACUCUAUUUUAUGAUCACCGCCGGCAACUAUAUUGCGGUAGCGUAAACUAUUACAUAAAAAAUUUACAAUAAUUACUUAUAGGUAUGUUGGCGUCAAUGGACGACGCUGUUGGAAAGAUGAUAGACUAUUUAAAAGCCAAAGGCCUAUACGAAAAUACCGUCAUCAUAUUCAGCAGUGACGUAAGUCUAAAGCAAGGUACAAUAAGGUGUUUCUAGAACGGCGGAGAUACCAAAUUUGGAGCCUCGAAUCGUCCUUACAAAGGAGAAAAGAACUCGAUUUGGGAAGGAGGAACCAAGACAGUGACCUUCUUCCAUUCCAAAAAACACAUAGACAAGUUCAGCUACAGGCAUGAGUAAGUAAGUAAAAUACCUGUACGGCGGUCCAAUUUAAGCCUCUUCCAUGUUGUGGAUUGGCAUCCAACUCUCCUAGGCAUCGGUGGAUCCGGACUUCCUCGUUAUGGUAAGGGUGAUUUCAAAAAAAAAACAAUCCUAGGUGAUGGACUAAAUCAGUGGCCACUAAUCCUUGGUAACGAAAAGAAUGUAACCCGAAGAAGUCAAUUCAUCUACAACAUUAAUCAUCCUAUCUCCGCCAUUAGACGUGGAGAGUUUAAAUUGAUAUAUGAAACAAAAGACAUAUUCAGACACGACCCGAUGGCCAGAGCCAAACUCUACAAACUAACAAGUAAUCACCCAAAACUUUAGACCCAUCUUUAAGGCGAUCCAUUGGAGACCACAGAUGUCUCGAAGAGAUAUCCUUUGGUGGUCAGCGAGAUGAUCAGUCAUCUAAAAGAAUAUGCAGCCAAGGGAAGACACUCAGUCAGAAAACCGUUAGACCCGAGAGGAAAUCCGCUAAAUCAUAAUAAUAUCUAUUUGGGCGGAUGGUGUUGA